AUGGCCGAUGACUCGUUCUUCCUUUAUGGGAUGGGGGAACGGCCCGAGGCCUUAACGUUGGGUUCGUUGGUUCUAGAGAAGUAUUGGCAGCCAAUGAGUGCUCGGCAUUACACUCACGAGUUAUUAAGCGAUGACGCUCUACGUGAACAUGCUUACAUUACCGAGAUCACCAACGCCGUCUUCCACGGCUCUUCCCGUCUUACGCCUGGUAUCGGCCUCGAAGCUGGCGAUAUCGUGAACCUUCAUCUCGCUUAUAACAAGGACCUUGAACGAAUCGUUACAGCCGAGAGGGGUACUCGAGUCCUACUCAAAGAUCCGGAAACCUUUCUCAUCAAUCAUGUCUUGAGCAAUCAAACGGCCCAGCAAAAACUCAAAAUUUGGCUGUCGGCCGCCUACAGCGACUUUGUUAUGAAAUUCAAAUUCGCCCGGAGGCCAAAAGUUUGGAUGUUGUCCGGUUUGUAUCUCCUAGAGGAUACGCGCACCGUCGUAUCGCGGGGCCAAUCGUCCAAGAUAUCCGCAGGCGUUUCCUCCGCGAUUAUCGGUGCUGUCUCUGGUGUUCCGGUCGGCGGAUCUGUGAGCUUGGGCGUUGGGUCGGAAUGGGAAAUGGCGAUGCAGGUUGCCGAGCCGCAUGUCUGGGCUGCUCAGUUUCGUUUGUUGGAUGCAAAAUUCAUUAAAAUUAGGAAAGGGGGGAUGGGGGAGGUUAGCCUUCCGGCGUCGAUGGGGCUUUAUCGGGAUAUCAUGUCUGUGAAUACGGCUAGGGAUGGGACGGGAAGGGGUGUGGAGUUGGGACUCGAGGACGGCCUUGAGCAGGAAUUGGAGGGGGAGCUGCAUGAUGGGGACGUGGAAGAGAAGGAUGAACAGGAGGGCCUGGAGAUUGAGGAGUAUGAGAAGCAGUUGGAGGCUGCGAUUAAGCAUUUUGAGAAAGCCCCGAAACACUUUUUGCAGUGA